CAACAGCAACAACAACAACAACAACAACAACAGCAACACACGCAGCAACAACAACAGCAACAGCAACAACAACAACAGCAACAACAACAACAACAACAACAAACAACAGCAACAACAAACAACAACAACAACAGCAACAACAACAACAACAACAGCACACAACAACAACAACAACACAACAAAAAACAACAACAACAACAACAGCAACAACAACAACAGCAACAACAACAACAACAACAACAACAACAACAACAACAA